AUGAGUCACCUGAGCGGGGACGGCGAGGCCGUGCGGCCCCUCCUAGAUCUAUGCCUUUAUUGCUUAACAAAGAAUAUUUCCAGGUACAUUGAGGAUAUUAAGCCUUUGCCUCCCAACAUCAAAGAUAAGCUUAUUAAAUCACUGAGUGUCCGAGGAUGGAUAACCGAUUCAAAUAUUAGUAAGGUUCUGCAUCCUGCGGUGGAGGCGUUAGAUCUUCGGGACUGUGAUGUUUCAGAUAACACUCUGCAACAGCUUAGUAACUGCAAGCAGCUUAAAAAAAUUAACUUAAAUGUUUGGAAAGAUAAGAGAUUAACCAUCACAUCAGAAGGUAUUGCAGCGCUGGCCUCCUCCUGCCCUUAUUUGCGCGAAGCCUCUUUUAAACGAUGCAGCAACGUUACAGACAAUGGAGUCCUUGCCCUGGCACUCCAUUGCCGGCUUUUACAAGUUGUAAGCAUUGGUGGGUGCUCCAGCAUCACAGACACUUCGCUGCAUGCCCUCGGAAAGAACUGCCAGCAUCUGCACAGCGUGGAUUUUUCAUCGACUCCUGUUACUGAUGAUGGAGUUAUAGCACUUGUUAGUGGAAUGUGUUCAAAGAAUUUAAAGGAGAUCCAUAUGGAGCGGUGUGUGAAUCUGACUGACGUAUCUGUGGAAGCUGUCCUGACGUACUGCCCUAUGAUAUACAUUCUUCUGUUUCAUGGAUGCCCUCUGAUAACAGAUCGUUCCCGAGAGGCCCUGGAGCAGCUGGUUGGACCAAACAAAUUUAAGCAAGUUUCGUGGACUGUUUACUAAUUUUUGUGAUUCU